GCCCGCCCGCCCGCCCGCCAACCAGCCAGCUCGCCCAUUCCGCCAUCAUCGUCAGCUUGAGCCAGCCUCGCUACCUACAUACCUUUUCCUCUGGAUUAUUUCCUUGUGUAUUUCGGCCAGCCCCAUCAUCCAUUCUUCUCUUCCCUUUUUAUUUGACCCCUGCUCGCCCUUCUCAGCCGGCUUUGUUCAGUCCCCAGUGCUAUCCUUUGUGCCGCGUCUAUUGUCAUUUUCAAUUAUGAGCCAUAUUCAUGGCAGUGGCCAAGAUCUCGGCGCCGACGCUGUCAAUAUCCAGGAUGACGACCAACAGCAACCACAACCGCAACCCUCUCAGCCCCAGGCCCCACGCGGCCGCCUGCCUGCAAGGAGCAAGCUCACUCCGGAAUUACAGAUUCCCAAAAAUCGGAGCACUGGAAACCUCCCUGCCGUCGCCGAGAGCGAUUCUGACAUGGACGAGUACCACCCCAGGCUUCGCUUCUCCCUCGAUGCCGGAGCCAUGCCUGUUGGGCCAGACACUACCACUACCACGAGGUAUGUUCUACGAUGCUACUCUUCACUGAAUGAGAGCUGCUGCUGCCAUCAAAUGGCCCUCCGAUCUACCUCCAUAAUCGCCGAACAUGACCAUGGGCUCGGUAUCUCUGGUCUUCGACGCAUCCGACAAAAUCCUUCCCCACGCAAUCCGACGAUACCCUCGACUGCCGCAUCAUCCAGAAGUCCGUCGACCAGCCUGGCGCGCUCUACUUCUCUGAACAUAAUGCUCCCGCAGGGUCCCUUGGGUUCGGGACCCUGUUCUCCUGUUUUCGCCGAGGAUCUCUCCCGUUUCCCUUCGGAAUCGUUGCACUCCUUCUCCUUCGCGCACCAGUCAGAAGAGCUCAUACAUAAUCGCCAAAAUGUGUUAAAGCGGUCCAUAGAAUUCAUGAAAGAUCGUAUCGGUUGGAACCUUUCGUCCAAUGCUGCCCUUGCCAGCGCCCAAGCUAGAGUGACUGGUGAUGUGGAAACACAAAACAUGCUUGACCUGUUAGCCAGGGCACAACUAGUCGGUGCAGGAAAUCUACCAAACGCUGACCCUGCCUUCGCUGCUCCUCCUAUAACUGGGCCGGCUGACUUGUCCGGCGUGAAUGUUUUCGAUCGACAAUUCAUCCCUAGGACUGGUAGCCCUGAAUCCUAUGCCACACCAAUGGUCUCGCCUGCAACCACUCGCCCGCCUACACUGGUGCCAGAAAAAGCACCUACUACCAAACAGCCACAGCUCAAGGACGAGAAAGCGUCGACUUCGAGCCAUGUGCAGGUUCAACACGACCAGACCGAUUCGGAGAAUUCGUCCAGAACACCUACCAACGAGAGUAAUUCCACUACAAAGACGUCACCACCCGUGACCAGACCUGCCAGCCUCCGGCGGACCUUUACUGAUGUAGCGGCUGCGGGUGUUCAGCAAAAGCUCCUCGAUACCAUGGCCCAACCCUAUGUUGCUAAUCAGUCUACCACUGCCUACCCUGAAGCAUUAUUGUCCCCGGUGGUAUCGUCUCGACCCUUUAGUUCUCUGACUCCAUCUGGUACCCUCGGCCCUGCGGUGCAUGGACAUUCGUCGCGAUGGGUACCCGCUGCACAGGCCAUCUUUACGACAGAAGCUCGUCCACCAUGGACUAUUAUCGCCGCAAACGAUUUAGCCUGUCUAGUAUUUGGCGUGACAAAGGCCGAGGUUCGAAAAAUGGGAAUUUUAGAGGUCGUGCAGGAAGAGCGGCGGGCGUGGUUGGAAAAUAAGCUUAUGCAGGCCGACUCCGAUAACGUACAGCAGACCCCUACCCGUGUUGCGCCUAGUCAGCCUCCGCCAUCAAUAGGUUCAAAUUUGCUUGGUGGUCGGGGAGGUAUUACAGCACAGCUAUUGAACAAGCCAAAUUCGAGAUCCCAGCCACCCAAAACCUCCGCACGUCGUGCUGUGACCAUUCACAAUACCGAUCCAUCAGCGCCUAAGACGCGUGGUGCUAACUCGCACUCGCGGUCAAGGGGCGUGUUACUUUGCGGAGAUGUCGUGCCGAUACAGAAACGCAACGGCGCAACCGGUUCUGCGAGUCUCUGGGUGAAGGAAAAGAAAGUGGGACUAAUCUGGGUUUUAGAGGAAAUCCACGAGGAUGUUGCCUUCCUAACUUUGGAUGAAGAUGGAAUAGUCACUAAGGCUACAGGCGAUAAUUUGUCAAUAUGGGGGAAAGAUGUUACUCCUGGGGUAGAUGUUGGCGAGUUCAUUGCACGCAUUCCUCGCCAAGGGAUCGACCCGAGGUUCGGUGAAGUCGAUUAUGCACAGAUUGCGAAGCGCAAGUAUUUCACUUGUCGCAACAGUGGAAAUGUGAAUAUUCCUGCUACUGUUACACAGACUAGGGGCCAGAUGGAGCUCCGCGUGUCUUGCUUCCCUCACAUUGCGGGUAUCAUUGUUGUCAGUACUGACACGCUGGGAAUUAAGAGCUCGAAUUCAGCAUUUUGUGGCGCAUUGUUUGGUUACGAGAAACCUGAAGGUCAGCCAAUUAACGCCCUGCUGCCAGAUUUUGACAAAAUACUUCGGGUUCUUCAACAGCAAGAUGGAAUGCAGAUUCGUGACGGAACCGUCAUUCCGGAGCAUAGUUUCAGGAAAGCAUCGGCGUUAGUAGGUAUCCGUGAGGGUCGGCCUGAUGCAGCAAACACUUUCCUCAACCCCGAUGGCUUGCUAGCUAGACAUCGGGACGGCACUGAGCUGAAGAUUGACGUGCAAAUGCGGGUAGUUAAGAGCGAGAAAAAGUCGGGUAAUGACUCUGGCACUAGCGAUGACGAGUCAUCGGCGGAUGAGACCGUCGUGUCUAGCGUAGAGUCAGAAAUGGUGUAUGCUCUCUGGAUAACAUACUCUAGACAUCUACAUGCCUCCAAGAACCUGCUCCCGUCUAGUUCUCCCGUUUUAGCUGCCGCUACGACUCCUCCUCAUCAGCCAUCCCCUGGCCAAACCCCAGCCCAUACCCCUCCAGUCAUCACCUUGGAUUCAGACGAAAGCAGACCAACCUCUCCGCCGGCUAAAACGUCACUUUCUAAACAGCUUAAAGAUGUGGCGAUUAGUGCCGCUAAGAAAAUUGCCGGCGUCUCUGAUGCACCGGAGAAAAAGACAUCUAUCCUAGAUGCCAACACUACGGCGCCUGCAAAGAAGACAAUAGACGAUUUUGUUAUCUUGGAGGACAUGGGCCAGGGCGCCUAUGGCCAAGUCAAGCUAGCGCGGUAUAAGCAUAAUGGUGGGAGAAAGGUCGUUCUAAAGUACGUAACCAAGCGGCGAAUUCUUGUCGAUACUUGGACUAGGGAUCGACGGCUAGGUACAGUACCACUUGAGAUCCAUGUUCUGGAUUACCUCCGGCGUGAUGGCCUGAAGCAUCCCAACAUUGUGGAGAUGGAAGACUUCUUCGAAGACGAGACAAAUUACUACAUAGAAAUGACUCCACACGGGCUGCCAGGCAUGGAUCUCUUCGAUUAUAUCGAGCUUCGCGCGAACAUGGAUGAGGAUGAAUGUCGUAGCAUUUUCGUUCAGGUGGCCAAGGCUAUACAUCACUUGCAUACCAAAGCAAAAGUGGUCCACCGUGACAUCAAGGAUGAGAACGUGGUCCUAGACGGUGAAGGCAAUAUCAAGCUGAUCGAUUUCGGAAGUGCGGCGUAUAUCAAGAGCGGGCCUUUUGACGUAUUUGUGGGCACCAUUGACUACGCGGCACCUGAGGUCCUAGCCGGGAAACCGUACGGUGGUAAAGAGCAAGAUGUAUGGGCACUCGGCAUCCUGCUCUAUACCAUCAUUUACAAAGAAAACCCCUUUUACAGCAUCGACGAGAUAAUGGAUCGCGAUCUAAGGGUGCCAUACACGAUCAGCGAUGAGAGCAUCAACCUAAUUCGUUGUAUGCUCAACCGCGAUGUUUCGCAGCGUUACGAUAUCGACCAGGUGCUCCAACAUCCCUGGUGUCACGUGGAUUGAAACGAUCACUAUUCUUAUAUGAGCUAUGAAGGAAAAGAGAUAUUAUGAGAGAAGAAUGAAGGGUUUUGACUAGCCUAAAAGUCUAUGCAAGUUACCUCAAGCACGAGAGAAAGCGUGUUCACAUGAUGGUGGGGAUGAAUGGAUGUAUACGAGAUGCAACUUUGAGAAAGCCUUUGCUUGUUUUACCUGGCUUUCUGUUGUUGGUGGAGG